AUGUCCUCCGACCCAGUCAACAACAUCUCCUGCGCCCUCGUAACAGGCGCAGGCGGUGGCAUCGGCAAAGCCAUCGCGAGAUACCUCAUCACGCGCGGCAAGAAAGUAAUCCUAGCCGGCCGCACCGAAGCCAACCUCGUUGCAACCGCCCGCGAGAUCGGCGCGAGCGCUUACGGCGUCCUCGACGUGGGGAUCCCCGGCGACAUCGCGCCCUUCGUGCAGCGCCUCGUCACGGAGCACCCCGACCUCGACUGUCUGGUCAACAACGCGGGGGUCCAGCGCCAUCUGGACAUCGUCCACGGCGACGUGGAUGAUUUCCUCUCCCGAGCCGACCAGGAAAUCGACAUCAAUGUUCGGGGAACCAGGAACUUAACUCAACGGCUCCUGUCGCAUCUGCGCUGGAAACCCCACGCUAUGAUUGUUAAUCUGUCUUCCAUUGUGGCGUUCGUCCCCUUUCGGCUCGUUAAUCCGGUGUAUAAUGGCACGAAGGGCUGGGUGCAUCUCUGGACAAUGAAUCUAAGGGCGGCUCUGGCGAGGGCUGGGUCUAAUAUCCAUGUCGUUGAGAUCGCGCCCCCCACUGUCGGGACGGACUUGCAUCGCGAGGCCCCCGAUCCGGAUGAUAAUAAGAAGGAUAAGAACCUGCGAUCAGCUCCCUUCCCCUCCAUCAAAUCUUCCAUCGAACUUCCACACCAGGAUAUCCACAAACAGAGCCAGCCACCUCAGCUCCGAUCCGAACGAUCACCACUCGCCACGCGUGACAUCGCCGCAGGGAACAUCCCUGAUGCUCGUCCGUCCAAAGAACUGAGACGGGUCGAGCGGCAAUCAGGCUCGAAAGCCGGAAGGCGUCUUCGCCCCGAGGGCCAAGGCUGCAUCUGGGCCACCCUCAUGCGUCUCGACCGGACGCAGCUAAAAGGGGAGUCUUGUCUGAUUGGUGAUCUGGCUUAA